UUAAUAAGUUUAUAAUGGAAAACAUCGAAAUUAAUUAUACUAAUGUGAAUUCUGGUAAUAUGCAACAAAUUAUAAAUGGUACAGGUAGUGAACACACUAAAGAUACUGCAUGUAAUGAAGAUGCUGAUAGUUUGAAUUGUUUAAGUAACCCAAACACUGUUUUCAAAGAAUAUCAAAUUAGUGGACACACUGAUGUUUUGAAUCAUUUAAAUAAAGAAUUUAUUGACAAAGGACAAUCAAAUAAUGGAUGUACAGAUUUUAUAAACAGUGCAAGUAAUGGAUACUCUGGUUUUUUGGAUCAUUCCAUUGAAUGUGAUGAUACAUACCGUUUCAAUAAUGAACAUCCUGAUGUUAUUGAACAUUCACCUAAUGAACACACUUAUGUUACAGAGGUUUCUUCUAAUAAUCAACCUUGUGUUAUGAACUAUCCAAUUACUCCAGUUAAAAGUUAUAUUCAAUCCCCUGGGAAACGAAUAAAUGAUGUAUCUGUUGAAGAUGCUCAAAACUCUGCUGAAAUUACUGAAAAUGGUUUUCCUGAUGUUUCUAUUGAACAUUCUGCUGAGGUUCUUUCGUGUUUAUUAGAUUCUGGUAAACGAGUAAAUGAACUUCCCGUUGAAGUUGCACAAAGUUUGUCUGAAAGAACAGAAAAUGGCUUUCCUGAUGUUACUAUCGCACAUUCUGCUGAGGUUCUUUCCUGUUUAUUAGAUUCAGGUAAACGAGUAAAUGAACUUCCUGUAGAAGUUGCACAAAGUUUGUCGGAAAAAACAGAAAAUGGUUUUCCUGAUGUUUCUGUUGAACAUUCUGCUGAGGUUCCUUCUAGUUUAUUAGACUCAGGAAAGCGAGCUAAUGAGUUGCCUGUAGAAAUUGCACAAAGUUUGUCUGAGAUAACAGAAAAUGGCUUCCCAGAUGUAACUGUUCUAACGUUGAACUUUGACGAGGAAAAGUAUGAUUCUUGUAACCAAAAAUCAGAUAAUAAUAUUCAAGAAAAAGAAAUUGUGGAAACCAUUAAAAGUAGUCCUUGUCAAGAAAAUAAUGCUGCAGUGAUCAGUGAACUUUUGAAUAAUGCUGCAGUGACCAGUGAACUUUUAAAUAAACAAACUUUUGAUCAAGCUCAGAAAGAUGAUAAAUCUGAAAACAGUUUACACAAAAAUCAUUCUCAAAUCGAAUCUCAGAGCUCUGAAAAUCAACAUUCAAAUCAUAAUCAACAUUUAAACCAGUCAGACAUUGUCGUGUCCAAAAAAACACCUGAACUAGAAUCUGUUAUAAUUGAAGACAAUUUGUUUUUAAAAGAAACACCUGAACUUGAAUCAGUUAUAAAUGAGAAUUUAUUUUCGAAUGAAACACAUGAACUAGAAUCUGUUAUAAAUGAAAAGAUUUUGUUUUUGAAAGAGGUGCCAAAACUAGAGACAGUCAAAAAUGAAGAAUGUUUGUUUAAUAAAGAAUUAAAAACUGAAACAGAUAAUUUUACUUCAAUUCAAAAAGACAUUUUAUUACAACAACCUCAAAAUAUAAUAUUUAAUCCUGAUCUUAACCAUAACACCGAAAAUAAAAAAGAAACAAGUGAGUCAAUAAAUACACCAGACAAUAACCCUAAAAAAGAAACAAGUGAUUCAUUAAAUGCACAAGAAAAUAACCCUAAAAAAGAAACAAGUGAUUCAUUAAAUGCACGAGAAAAUAACCCUAAAAAAGAAACAAGUGAUUCAUUAAAUACACCAGAAAGUAACCCUAAAAAAGAAAUGAUUGAGUCAUUAAAUACAUCAGAGGUUGAAAAAGAAGAUAAAACUUAUUCAAAAUUACCCACUGCUAAAAAUGAAGACAUAGUUCCAUUACAUUUACCUUUAGUUGAGCAAGAUUUAGUUCAAUUGCCUUCAGUUGCUCAUGAAAAAAAAGAAACUUCAGAUUUUACUACUGAAAACAAAGAUCUAUCAUCUGUAGAUCAAAAGAAAUCGUUAACAAGUUCACCAACAGUAAAAGAUGAUACUGAGUGGUUAGAUAUUUUGGGUAAUGGAUUACUAAAGAAAAAGGUUUUAAAGAAAGGACUUGGUCAUAAAUCAAGACCAGUCAGUGGUGAUAUAGUCACUAUAAAAUGCAAAGGAAUGCUAUCAGAUGGAACAAUUGUUGAUGCACAUGACUCCUUACAGUUUGUGCUUAGUGAUGAGGAGGUUAUUCAAGCUUUUGAUUUAUCUGUUGCAUUGAUGGAGAAUACUGAAGUAGCAUGCAUAUUUACCGAUGCUAGGUAUGCCUAUGGAAUAUAUGGAAGACCUAGUUUUAUUCCUCCUAUUCCCCAAAAUGCAUCAUUAACGUAUGAAGUCGAAAUUUUAUCAGUGAAGCCAGGACCAGAUAUUACACAACUUUCUAGUGAAGAGAGAAUCAAAUAUGCUAAUGCAAAAAGGGAAAGAGGAAAUGAACUUUAUAUGAUUGGUGAUCAUUCAUCUUCGAUAAAUGUUUAUAAAAGAGGUUUAAAGUAUGUAGAGGGAAGUUCAGAAACGAAUGUUUUAGAAAUGAAGGUUAAGUUAUUGAAUAAUUUAUCUGCUGCACAACUUAAGGUGAAUGCCUAUGCAAUGGCUAUUGUUUCACUUGAUUCAGUUCUUAGAGUUGAGCCAAAAAAUACAAAAGCUCUAUUUCGGAAAGGAAAGUGCCUUGAAGGUUUAGGAAAUGAUGAGGAAGCAUUAAAAUGUCUUAAAGAAGCAUCAACCCUUGACCCACAUAACAAAUUGAUUCAUCAAGAUAUUGCAAAAGUCCGUUCUCGACUUGCAGUAACUCAAAAGAAAGAAAAAGAAAUUUAUGAAAAAAUGUUUUCACAAAAAAAGAAAGAAAAAGUUAUUCAGAAUGAGCCUUCAGUGUGGCCAUACAUAAUUGGUUCUAGUCUGGUUGCAGCUAUUGGUGUUAUAUCUGGUAUUCUAUGGUUUCGCAAGCAUUCAUAAUUUUUUACAAUUUUGAUUUUUUAGAAAAAAUUUUAAACAUAUUUUUAUUCCUA